CAUUUCGGCAACUGCCAUUUUGCACAGCCAGCCCAGCAAAGAAACAGGCAGUGCAGCUCUGUACAGAUCUACUCAAAAACAGCCAUGAGCUCCGAGCCUCGCAACCGUCAGCAGACUCUGGCUUUACGGAAGCAGUUCAUCGGGUCAUCCUGCAAGCUUUUUUUCCCAGAAGAUCCGGUGAAGAUUAUCCAGGCAAAGGGCCAAUAUAUGUAUGAUGAAAAUGGAAAGCAGUACCUUGACUGCAUCAAUAAUGUUGCUCAUGUGGGGCACUGUCAUCCUGAAGUGGUCAAAGCAGCUCAUCAGCAGAAUCUACUGCUAAAUACAAACUCUCGUUAUCUGCAUGACAAUUUGGUGGAUUAUGCACAGACUUCUAAAACAUUGCCGGAGAAGUUGUGUGCCUUCUAUUUGAAUUCUGGAUCAGAGGCUAAUGAUCUUGCUCUGAGACUAGCACGGCAAUAUACAAAGCAUAAAGACGUUAUUGUUAUUGACCACGCUUAUCAUGGACAUCUGACAUCUUUGAUUGAUAUAAGUCCAUACAAAUUCAGAAAUCUAGAUGGCCAAAAGGAAUGGGUCCAUGUGGCUCCUCUUCCAGAUACAUACAGAGGAUUAUAUAGAGAAAAUCAUAAGGAUCCAGCCACAGCAUAUGCAGAUGAAGUGAAAAAACUUAUUGACAAAGCACACCAAGAAAACAGAAAGUUUGCUGCACUUUUUGUAGAAUCAUUGCCCAGUGUUGCUGGACAAAUCAUUCCACCAUCUGGUUAUUUCCAAAAGGUUGCAGAGCAUAUACACAAAGCAGGAGGUGUAUUUAUUGCUGAUGAAAUUCAGGUUGGCUUUGGAAGAGUUGGCAAACAUUUUUGGGCAUUUCAACUUCAAGGAGAGGAUUUUAUUCCUGAUAUUGUAACUAUGGGAAAGCCAAUAGGGAAUGGACAUCCUGUGGCUUGUGUGGCAACAACAAAGGAAAUUGCAGAGGCAUUUUCAGCAACAGGAGUAGAAUAUUUUAACACAUUUGGAGGAAAUCCUGUGUCCUGUGCAAUAGGCCUAACAGUCCUGGAUAUUAUUGAGAAAGAAGAGCUUCAAACCCACGCUCUUCAUGUGGGAAACUUCUUUAUGGAACUACUCAAUCAACAAAAAGCUAAACAUCCUCUAAUUGGAGAUAUCAGGGGUGUUGGACUAUUUAUAGGUGUAGAUUUAGUACAAGACCAAGAGAAAAGAUCACCUGCUAGCAAAGAAGCAGAAUUUAUCAUAACAAGAUUAAAGGAAGAAUUCAUUAUGCUGAGCACAGAUGGGCGCAGAAAUGUGCUUAAGUUCAAGCCACCACUGUGUUUCAAUACAAAGGAUGCAGAGUUAGUUGUUGAUAAACUUGAUACAAUAUUAACAGAAUUGGAGAGGAAAAAAACCUAAAGAUGAUGAUUUCCAUGGCUAUAAGAGGAUACAUGGUGCAGAAUUCUACCAGUUUUUCUACACUUAAAAUUACAAUAAUAAAAUUCUGCCUUCUUUGAGCUUUCUUAAUAGAGUCUACGUAGUUUUAUUGUAUUGCUGACAUUAUUUUUAGCAAUACAGCUUGUGAUUGCUGUAUUGCUAUUAUCUCUACUAAUGCAACUAUUAAUAUAGUAGAGAGGAAAACAUAAUUUAUCCAGAAAAUAUAGCUUGUCAUCCUUGUGUUAUACAGGUUGCAGGACAAUAUAUAUGUAUAUUCUUAUUUUACCUAUAUUUCAACAAUUGGCACCUUGAUCUAAUAAGUCAGUUUUCUUUGUAACAUUAACAAAUUGGUAGGCACCCAUUAUUUAAUAAACAUGCAAACAUUAGACUCAUGGGAAUUGUUUUUGUAAGAUUUGUAGCAUCCCAUAGAAAGUGUUUAUUACAAAAGUAUUGUUGCCAAUGCUGACAACCUAUUUUUAUUUGGAAAGCAUAGCUCUCCCAUUACAGUAAUUCAGAAAUAAAGGGGGAAUGCUUAUUUUAAGAAGCUGACAGAUCAAAAAGUAUUUAUACCAAAUGUUGUAACCAUGAAAAGCAACCCCAUUUUCUAAGGACAGUGUUUAACAACUAUCUUCAAACAUGUUACCUAUUUUUCUGUACUAUUGAGAUGGCAUUCCAUCACUAAAGAUAGUUCUGCUAUGUCUUUCAGUCAUAACAGUAUCAAAUUGUACCUCUUAUUUCUCCAUAAGCAGUUUCUUUCCUCUUUCAGCUACAGCUAAUUUUCUGAUUUCACUAGAAAAAUACAUUUUAUAAUGUAAAAUCCUGUUCACAUUGUUAUGUCAGGCUCUGAUGUUUCAAUUCCUAAGACCUGUGACUUAAAGCAAAUGAAAACAUUUUUUUAAAAAAUGGUAAAAUGUGCUUAAUAGAACUUCAGUAUUCUUUAUGCUGCACAUUAAUAAAAAGUCUUACAUAUCAAAACAUGCAAAAUAUAGCACUAGUAUUAAAACUAUCUACACUUGGAGCAGCAUAAAACUUCCAUUCUUUGGGGCACAAAAAACAAGAUGAAAACAAUAUUAAAAUAUUCAAAAGGAAGUAAGGUUGGAAAGUCCACUGUCACAUACAUUACGGAGAACAAGAAUGCGAUCUUUUAAGUUCAUAGCCAGAGACAAGACAGAUAAUUGUAAUUUUAGUGUAAAUGUGAACAUACAUGUCCUUUCAGGAAACUCCUGCUGGAUAUCCAAUUGAUUAUAAUAGCUGAUUUGAUGGUCAGAAAAUUGCAUAAUAGUCAUUUUAUGUCUAAUUGAAUUAGCAGUUCUUGAUCAGAAGUAACUCAGAUAUAGUAUUACCUACUUCUACCACUCUAGCUCAUAUGUUCUGGAGUGUAGUAGUUAUUAGUUUCACCUUCAGAAGAACUAUAUUUAAUUCACUUUCAGUGAAUAGGAUUUGACAUUCUAGCAAAUAAGUCUUAAAAUGUUCUUGUAUCAUUGUGGACAACUUUUUUGUAAGUAUUUAGGUAUAUUUCAGUAGCCUUUUAAUUUCUCACAGGACACAGUUCAGCAUGACUGUCAAAAUCAAAACUCAUUUUCAAACCUUAUUUGUUUGAAUUUGUUUCAAAUACCCUGAGACAAGCAAACCAUGCAGAUUACCAUAUAAAAAUGGUCAAAAAUUAAAUAACUGGAGCCAGUCCAUAGCUAUUGUUAAAUGAGCUUAAACAAUGAGUUCUAAUUUGGGGUUAAUAUCUAUUAUUAUACAAUUAAAAUCUAUGUUCAUAACAUAUUAUUUAUCCCAUGGAUAAGUGACUGUAUUGUCUCUCCAGAGACAACUUCCUCUUCCAAACCUAGUUUUAACCAUGGCUGUUACACAUGCAAUUAAAACUUCCAUUAACACAGAGCUGUCAUUGUAAUAUCUUUGAUUUAAGCAAGAAAUUAUUAUUCUAAAUAAAAAUGCAUGAUAUUCUUCUGAGCUUAUACCCAGCUGAGGCAAGCUAUAUUUUUAGAAACUUUAAAUGUAGAAUUUAAUGUACUUAUAGUGCAUUAAAGAUCUUUACCCAUAUUUGACAGUAGAACUGCUAUCACCUAUUAUCUAAUGAAAAUAGUAACAUGACUACAAUAGCUCAGAAUAAGCUUGGAAGAAGCUAUAGAAUAGUUGAAAAAAACUUGGAAACAGUACUGAAAAUCCAAUGUUUACGAGCUUUAAUAUUUGCUUAAUAAUUUUAGCAUGAAAUGUUUAAUUUCUAAAUACUAAUAAAACACAUAAGAGUACAAAAGCCAGUCAGAUUGACAGAUUUAAGUAUGAUCAAUUAACCUAGGGAAGGUUCAAAUAUAAUGAGUGUACUACAUAAGCAUCCAGGAGUUUUGUACAUAUGUUAUUGAGCAUGUUUUCAGAUUUUGAAAGCAGUUAAAUUGAACUUGCAUAUACAAAAAAGCAGACUAUAGUGUAAGCAUGUCUAAUAUUUUCUUGUGUGUGUAAAUACAGCCUUGAGCCCUUCAGUAUUUUAGGUAUUUAAUUCUAUAAAUUUACUCCUAAAUUCCUAUGACCUUUAUUCC